AUGUCCAACAGGAGCCUCCUAAUCCCCAGCGCGAAGCGAAGAGCCCCGACAGCCGACAUGUCACUGUUCGGCGGGCAACAGCAGUCGUCGGCAGCACCGGGCAAUCCGACUCAGGGCGACUUGAGCAAAGACAUACCCGUCGCGAGCCCACCUGACGACAGCAUCUCCGGUAUCAGCUUCAGCCCAACGAGUGAGCACUUUGCAGCCAGUAGCUGGGACAAGAAAGUGCGGAUAUGGGAGGUCGACGGCAGCGGACAGACGCAGGGCAGGGCCAUGAUGGAGUUUGAAGGGCCGGUGUUGGACUGUUGUUGGAGCAAGGAUGGCGGAAAGGUCUUUGGAGCGGGGGCUGACAAGUCUGCUCGAAUGCUGGACAUCGCAUCCGGCUCGACGCAACCACAGCAAGUCGCUGCCCACGACCAGCCGGUGCGCUGCGUUGAAAGCAUUACAGUCAAUGGCAGCCCUAUGCUCAUCACUGGUGGAUGGGACAAAAUGGUCAAGUACUGGGAUCUCCGUCAGCAACAACCAGCCGCUUCCAUCGAGUGCAAGGAACGCAUCUACUCGAUGGACGUCCGAGGAAACGAGAUGCUUGUCGUCGGCACAGCAGAGCGCUGGAUCCAAGUCAUCGAUCUCAAGAAUCCUGGCACCUUCUACAAAGCCAUCCAGUCGCCUCUCAAAUUUCAGACGCGCGUCGUGAGCACCUUCACCGACGGCACAGGUUACGCGGUGGGAAGUAUCGAAGGUCGCUGCGCAAUCCAAUACGUGGACGACAAGGACCAAGCCAACAACUUCAGCUUCAAGUGCCACCGGCAACAAAGCACCGCCGAUCGCAACACCAGCAAUGUGUUCUCGGUGAAUGCCAUCAGUUUCCAUCCUCAGCACGGCACCUUCUCGACCGCUGGAGCUGAUGGGACGUUCCAUUUCUGGGACAAGGACGCGAAGCACCGAUUGAAGGGAUAUCCAGAGGUUGGCGGUUCAAUUAGCGCGACGGACUUCUCGAGAAAUGGCAACAUCUUCGCGUACGCUGUGAGCUACGACUGGAGCAAGGGGUACAGUGGCAACUCGCAGCAGUAUCCAAACAAGAUCAUGCUCCAUCCCGUGCAAGCAGACGAGUGCAAGCCGAGACCGAAGGCUGGAAAGCGAUAG